UGGUCCAGCCUGCCUGCCAGAGAGGGGAGUCGAGAGCUCUACUGGGAACUAGCUACAUGGUGCUCAAUUUUUCAAGAUGUCGUCGUUGGAGCAGAGGCUGUCGCGAAUCGAGGAGAAACUAAAGCAGGAAAAUGAAGAUGCUCGCCGGCGAAUCGACCUUAACAUCGACAUGAGUCCGCAGCGACCACGUCCGAGGCCAAUCAUCGUGAUCCAGCUCAGUCCUGCUCCAGCCCCUUCCCAGCGUGCAGCGCUCCAACUGCCCCUGGCCAAGGAUGGAGGCAGCCGUUCAUCAUCUUCAGAAAGCUCCCCUCAGCACCACACCUACCCCAGCCGCCCGCGACACAUGCUCACCCUGCCCACGCCUCCAUACAGCUUGCCGAAGAGCUUGGAGAAUGCAGAGAUCGACCAGAAAUUGCAGGAGAUUAUGAAACAGACGGGUUACCUGAAGAUCGAUGGUCAGCGGUAUCCAGCGGAGGUGACAGACCUGAUCAGUGAGGGGGAGAUCGGCAGCGGCACCUGUGGACAGGUCUUCAAGGUGCGAUUCAAGAAGACCGGCCAUGUCAUCGCUGUCAAACAAAUGCGUCGUACAGGAAACAAGGAUGAGAACAAGAGGAUCCUGAUGGACCUGGAUGUGGUACUGAAGAGUCAUGACUGCCCUUACAUCAUCCAGUGCUACGGCGCCAUAGUUACCAACACGGAUGUAUUCAUUGCCAUGGAGCUGAUGGGAACGUGUGCUGAGAAGCUGAAGAAGAGAAUCCAGGGCCCCAUCCCAGAGCGAAUCCUUGGAAAGAUGACAGUGGCAAUAGUGAAGGCGUUGCUGUACCUGAAAGAGAAACACGGUGUCAUCCACCGAGACGUCAAACCCUCCAACAUCCUCCUGGACGACAAAGGUCAGAUCAAACUGUGCGACUUCGGCAUCAGCGGACGCCUCGUUGACUCCAAGGCCAAGACCCGCAGCGCCGGCUGUGCUGCCUACAUGGCGCCUGAGAGAAUAGACCCUCCAGAUCCCACCAAACCUGACUAUGACAUCCGAGCAGACGUGUGGAGCCUUGGCAUCUCUCUGGUGGAGCUGGCCACGGGACAGUUUCCCUACAAGAACUGCAAGACAGACUUUGAGGUUCUGACCAAAGUGCUGCAGGAAGAUCCUCCUCUGCUGCCCCUCGGCAUGGGUUUCUCCCUCGACUUCCAGUCCUUCGUUAAAGACUGCCUCACAAAGGAUCACAGAAAAAGGCCAAAAUACCACACGCUGCUGGAGCAUAAUUUCAUCCGCCGUUACGAGGUGUUGGAGGUGGACGUGGCCGGUUGGUUCCAGACGGUGAUGGAUCGAACCGAGUCGCCUCGCAGCAGCCAGUGUUACAGCCAUCAGCACCAGCUCCACUCCCUCUUCAGUAGGUAGCCUAGCCCAGCCCGGCGUUAGCUUAGCCAGACGCUAGUCUUGCCUAGCUUUAGCUUUGCCAAGCCCAGACAGUCUGUCCUAGUCAAGCCCAGCGUUAGCAGCUAAGCGUAGCGUUAAACCCAGCCUGUCUGGCCAACUGUCCCCCGGAGAACCUGAAGAGCCCAGGGAGGAGGGGGAGAGACAGAGAUGGAGUGAUUGACGGAGACAUGGACUGAUGGAUGGAUGACACAGGUGGUUCUGUUUGUCAAUGUGUUGAAUCUGGACAGGCAGACAUGGGAAGGAGGGGGAGAGAAAUAGGUGCACACUGCAGUUAGCUUCAUUUGUUUACACACUGUUGCGUCUCGUCACACUAUCAUAUCAAGUCACACAUGACGGUGUGUAACAGCCACACACACUCACAUACAAACUGUGUGUCUAAUUUGUAUGUUUCUCUACAUUUCAUCCACUUUUCAUUAGUUUCUCACCAACAUGUCAUUCUCCAGCAUUGAUCCAAGCCGUUGGAGAAGUCAACAGAGUAGUCACUACACACUGGAUUAAAGCAUCUGCUACAUUAGCAAACCUGAAUCUCUAUUGUACAUAAACGUUCUGGAGGGCAAGACGAUGUCCGGUGCAAUUCUGAUUCUUCAGGUGUUUCUAUUAUCACACAUUCUCAGGCUGCAGAAGAGCUAAGAGAAGUGUCCGUGUGUGCGUGCGUGUGCGUGUGCGUGUGCGUGUGCGUGUGCGUGUGUAUGUGUGUGUGUGUGUGUGUGUGUUGCUAUUUUUAACUUCACACUACAGCUGUAAUACAAACCACAAUUAAUUAAUCUGUUAAAUGUGCUUCAUUUGUAAUAUGUAAGGAUAGUAACUGUUAUUAACGUUUGAGUAUCCGUCAUUGUAUUUAGCAGCUGCACAAUUGGAAAAACAUUGAAAAAGACUUUAAAAAAAUAGUGUUGCAUUUUAGUUUUUUAGAAAAUGAGAAUCACUUAGAUAAAAUAAAAGAGAUGUAGGGAUACUAAGAAGAGAAGGGAUACAUUUAAAAGGAGAAGGAGAUUUUUUCUCGAGGUGUAGGAGAGAAAAGCAGAGAAAGUAGAAGUAGGGAGUUGUACUCUCGAUGGCGUUUUGGAAGCUUGAAUAACUGUUACAAGUGUGAGAAACGAGAGAGAGCUUGCUGGUACAAAUGGGAGCAGAGUGUUUUUUCAUCGAGAUGGCCAAGAACAGGAUCUUAUCUUGUACUAAAAAUAUGAGUGGGGUAGAUCUUAUUACCUGUGGAGCAUUUCUUUACUCUCGGUUGGUCUACCUCUCCGUCCACCUGUCUUUCUGCCUCUUCUGUUAGGUGUGAUCUAGUGCUCCACAGUGUUACCGGACCAAAGGCUGUGCGUAGGUUGUUGUUCAUGGAGGCCAAGAGAUUUAGACCUGCUCCUGCAAAAAUUAAGAGAACUCGCAGACAAGUCUUGAUAAAGCAUGUUUUCUUAUGUUUCAAGAACCUAGAGCAGGGGUCUCAAACUACUAGACUAAGGCCCCAUCUGGCCCAUGUUUAGAAGUGAUUCUUGAACUGAUUGACACAAUUCAGUUUGUUGUUUUGUCUUAUCAGUAAAGGUUUUUAGUAUUUAUAGUCUUUAUUAUCAAUGUCUCUCAAUCACUAAUCAUCUAAUUAUUUUCUUAAUCAUUCAGUAAGAAAAAUGUUUCUAAAACCUAAUGCUUUUCAGUUUGCAUUGUCUAAGACAGAGAAUAGCAGCAAUCCGCCUAUUUGAAAUGCUGAAACCUAUAAUUUGUUUGGCAGUUAUGGAAAAACAAUUCAUCAAUUUAUCGAUCAAAAUUGUUGUAGAUUAAUUUUCUCAUCAAUCUAGUAAUUGAUUAAUCAAAUAAUCUUACCUAUCUACCCUAAGAUCAACAGCAGUCAUAUUUAGCCUAACACAAUUGACACCUAAUUCUCCUUUUAAAACCCCAAAAUAAAGGUUGAUUUGGAGCACAGACUAAUUUAUUUCAAGAGACAGUUGACUAUUUUUCGUAUUGGUUUUAAUGAGGCAGUUGUAUCAGUUCUUUGCGCAUACAAUCUGAAGCAGCAUUAGGGUUAGUGUUUAAGCAGUUAACUAGGAGAAAGCAACCUGGCCAAUGGGGCCAAGCUAAUUUGAAUUUGAGACCCCUGAACUAGAGAAUUGUUAAGAUAAAAUCAAGUGAGUCAGGCUUGAUAAACAAGGCAAACCUGAUCUGGUCAGUAUGUUUGAAACUGGGAUGUGUAGAUAUACGUAAUCAGCGCAGGUCUUUAGAGACGGACUGGCUGGAGUCCCUCUGCCCCCCCAUCCCACCUCUUGACAGGGCCACAGCCAACGGCUGCUAGAUGUGCAGACUCAAACCUCCCACACCCGGACACGCACCAAACCAAAUCACUGCUAGACACAGAGAACUGAGAAAUGGCAACGAUAGAGAGAGGAAGCUGUUAAGUGUCGGAGAGUGAGAGAGGGAUCAAGGAAUGUUGUCAAGAUGGCAGAAAAGAUGAGUGAAAAUCAAAUGUCAGGAAAAUGAGAGGAGAAUAUGGAGUGAGGUGAGAAGGAAGACUGGGAGUAUUAAGAAGGUGUGAUUGUAAAUUAAAGAAAAGUCAGAUACAAACUGGAGUUGGAUGACAAGAAGUAAGUGUUCGAAUGAGGAGGAGAGAUUUAACAGGGAAGGAAAACAUCGGCCUGAGUGCUGAGCUCUGAGGCUAGCUGGUUGUUGUAAAAAAAAAAAGCUUUCAUGGUGUUACACCAACUUACCAAUUAUGAUUUUAGCGAGUGAGUUAGUGUGUUGUGUUGAUGAUGUUUACUGUUCUUUUCAAACUGUUAUUUAUUUACAUUGCUACUGCUGCUGCUACUUUUUAUUGCUUUAGACGCUGCUGUCACUUCUUUUCCCCAAAGGUCAAAUACUUAUUUUCUCCUUUUUUUUUUAAGCCAAAUAAGUGAAAUAAUGCAAUGUCCACACGUGUUACCAAAUACAGAGCAAGUCUGAAGAGUGCAAAAGCAAGUGAGUGACUGAUUAGAUGAGAAAGUGCAGGGAGGUUGGCUUCACAAAACGUUCUAACACAAAAUAUAAACACACCUCACCUCAAAUGUAGCUCUAUGUGUUAUAGAAGUAGUCAAUCAUGUAUGUCCUGGCGUCACACUAAACUGUAAAGUGUAGAUAGGAUUAGUGGGAAUGUCUGUCCAGAUGCUUUCGUCACAUCCAUCCUUCACUCCGCCCAUCAAUCCCUCCAUCUGUCCACAGGUUGCCUGCAAACUUGACAACCUUGACGGUUUCCACCAAAGGUGUCCACAACUCAACAAAAAUAUGAUGUGUUGUUAUUGUUAUGACUAUUGUUUAUGACCUUAUAAUUGAUUACCCUCAGCUAUAAUAUAUAUGAAUUCUCUCUAUAGCUAGUGGGAGAGGGUGACAGGGGUGGGGGUGUGGGACGCUGUAGUAUAGCAGUGCCAUGUGUGUGUCAUAUACUGUACAGGGGGAGACUGGUGCACUAACACAAGACGAGCAAGCAUUAAAAGCAGCUUCAUCCUUCUACUCAGUGAAUUGACUCACUUUGGACCUGCAUCAGGAAGUAAAUCCAACCUGGUCUGGCUGUGUCUGGGCUUUACUGUGCCCCUGAACAUGAGCAAUCCUGGAUAACUGGUGUCACACAGCUGUUUAUCACCUGGCUCUGUUAACUCUGGGAUCUCCAAUCCAGCCAUGAGGGUGUUCAUGUGAAUGAGUUCUUAAUCGUAAGUCAAUCAAAUGUUACAUCACCUAACCAAUGAGCGGAGGACUUACUAUGACACAGGUUUACUAACAAUUAGGUUAGUGCAGCAGCAAACAUUGAUGUGAUUCAACUGAAAUAGAAAAUCCUUACAUAACUACAGAAUAAUAAGGUUUAAUAGGAGUGUGUAGGGUAUUUUAAAAGGGAUAUCUCCGACAAAUUAGGAAAUCCGGGCCUGUGCUGCUUUGAUUGUAAUCUUUUUUUUUUCUUUAGGAUUUUUUUUCCCAACUUAAGACGCUUCCACCAGUACCACAGAAGGCAUAAUACUACUGAUGAGUAAACUAAACUUUCUGUGUAAAAAGUGAGGUGUCAAUUUAAGAGUUGUUGUGGAUAAAGUAGGUGAAAGUUAUUUUUCCAGUGUAUCAGUAUUAAUAUGAAGCUAUUAUGCUCUACCAUAAAGCUGUGUAGUGUAGUCAAUUAAAUCUCUUCAACUGCCCCUUUUUAAACUCAUAGUGGAGACAUUGUUGUGU